CCCCCCCCCCCCCCCCCAUCCUUUCUCAUCGAGGGGCCGCGGCGAGCGUGGGAGCGCAAAUGUAACGAUUUCACGCGAUGGCGUCCGUCCGUCCGUUCGCUCGGAAAGGACCCCAGGAAUAAACAGACGAAUAGGGUGUAAAGUCGAUGUCUGUGCAUACCGAUAACGGCGCAGACAUCACAUGGGCCGUCAUCUUGAUUUACGCCUCGGGCCGUCGGAGGUGCAGGUGGCAGAUUAAUAACCGGUCAUAAAGAAGAAGAAGAGGGGGGUGAUAGAGGAAGGGUGUAAAAUGGAGAGUAGAUGAAGCCGAGGCGGGGAUGAUGAGCUCUCCACUGCGUCGCGAGUGCCUCUCCGCCCUGCCGAGCCCCAGCAGGCAUGCUGUGGACUGGAACCACGAGCAGCUAGCCGUCCGGAGACUGUCCUCCCCACGCAGCCUCAACCUCCUUACGCCGCCCCCGUACCCUCGACGCGCCUCCGCCAUCCCCGGCUACCUGCUGCCCCCCUACCAGGACCAGGAGGACCACCGCCUCCUCCACCAGCAGCGUCGGCGUCUCUCCUUGCCCCCUGAGGCAUCCCGGGUGCCCCCUGCACCUCCGGCUGUGGUCGCCCCCGCCGCUCCUUGCCACCGCCCAGUGGGAGUCAUGCACCUCAUCCGCCUGGGUCUUGUCGCCUUCAGCUGCCUCUUUUGGGCGGCCGGCUUGGCGCUCUUCACCCUGGGCGUGUGGGCGCAGCUUUCCCUGGCCGACUUCAUGCUGCUGUCAGCCAACCGCUACCCCAACGCGCCCGUCAUCCUGCUGACCACGGGGGCCGCCGUCACCGUCUGGGGCUUCCUGGGUUGUCUCGGGGUGGCGGCCAACCUCCCGUACGUGCUGAGGGCGUACGGCUUCUUUCAGCUGACCGCGCUCGUGGCGGGCUUGGCCGGUGGACUCUGCGGUCUAUUCUACCGGGAGGACAUCGCCGGCGGGUUUCGUAGCGGCCUUCAGCGAGCGGUGGCCGGCUACGCCGAGGACGAAGGCCGUGCCGACGCGCUAGAUAGCCUACAGAGGGCGCUGCGGUGUUGCGGUGGUGAAGGAUGGCGCGACUGGCUCACUUCGGACUGGGCCCUCCAGCACACGACCUUCCUGCCGGCCGAGAACGGCACCUUGAGGUCCUUGCCGGACAGCUGCUGCAUGCGGCGCAAAGGCUGCAGGAACAGGCCGCUGCCCUCGGAGGACAACGACGGAGUGGUCGCCGCGGGCAUCCACCCCAGCGGAUGCUUCCGGAAAGUCUUCAGCUUGGUCAACGACAACGUGUUCCACAUUGCCGUCACUGUGCUGGGAUUGGCCUGCACGCAAAUCGGCGGCAUCACUUUGGCGUGUCUGUUGGCUAACAGGCUAGCGCCGCGGCAACUGCCACGAGUUGUGGCAAAUUAAUUAAAAAAACUUCAUUGUUACGAUAUUUAAAAUGUUGGUAUUGUUGUGGUGUCGUUUAAAGCAUGUUAGCAACAUUUUCCUUGGCUGAAAAUUGUUUGAAAACUAAUGGUACGCAAGACAGUAAUCCUUCCCGCAGAUUCGCGGUCCGGAUUUGCAGAUUUUUUUUGUUUAUGCCACUUAGAUGGCACCAAAUGCCCGUCUAAAUAGGAAAGUUGUAAAGCUAGUCCAAAGAUGUAUGUUGAAGUGAUACAUCUCGACUGAAAAACUGAACUGAGUACUGGUAUCUUGGGGCGGAGCUAAGUUUAGCCUGGGUUGUUAUGGAGAAUCUUCACCGCAUGUGUAUUUAGCACUUCAAGUGCUUUUUUUUACAAAAUAAAAUCAUUUGUAAACCAUUUGUUUUUAAGGGUAAUUUGAAAUUAUAUUACACUGUUGUGGUAGAUGUAUGGUUAAACUAUUAUUAUGGGCAAUUCCAAACAAUCCCCCCCCACUGUUCGGAGGUGACCGAGUCCUGCUGCCAAAUAUUUGCAUGAUUUCCAGGUUAUCUCAAACCUUGUAAUCACGUCACUUAUUGUGCAGUGGCUCACAGGUCACGGUGCUCGCGAUAAGAUAUCAAAUGUGUGUCUGUUGUCUGAAAAGAUAAGCAAAAGUUAGUUGAUAGAACAAAUAAAAAUUGUUGUUGGAAUUGCAUAUUGACUUGCUCAGCUUCUAAUUUAUUUUUUGUAUUUGUCUGAAGCGAUGUCCAGCAUUCGAUUAGCCUAGCAUAGUGUCGCAAUGGUGCAGUUGUGGCGACUUUGCUAAAUAUGGACAAGCACAUGUACAUUUUUAAAGCAUCACUUUGUUUUUUGGGGGGGGGGGGCUUCCAAGCCCUUGUAAUUCAUUUGAAAUGUCUUAAUACCUCAUCCUUUAUGCGAGGAGAUGUCCUUCUGUUUGUCCUGUUUUCUUUUCUAUGAUGUAUCUGAACAAUUAAAUAAAGCCUGGAUGAAAGUAA